GGUUAGUGAGGGGCAGGUUUGCGCAGCCAGUGACAUUUAAAGCGCGCAGCUGAUUCAGUGUGCGCGCCACACCCGCCGCUGGCGCUUCUAUUUAGUUUGUAUUCUGCCCAAAUACAACUCUACGCCGAAAGACAUGGCGUCCGUCACUUUAGGACAGCACCCCGCUCAACACCACCUCGACUCGGAUCAGCAACUAUUCCACAAACUGAAGUCGAGCGACAGGAAGAAAUUCACGCGUAAAUGGUCGCUGGACAAGAUAAAAACACGAAACAGAGCGAGUGAUAUGGACAGCGGGAGAGCCGCAGUCUCAGCAUCGCUAGCGUUAUUCCACGAGCCGCCUUCAGCAUCACACAGCCGAUGCGGCACGUCACGUAGUAACAUGGACGGACCGACUGUUGACAUGGACCGAGAGAACGCGAACAAUAAUAACGGGAUAUUUCGCAGACACAGUGCCGGGAGCCGGAGAAGCUCGGUGAAGGACGCGGCAAAGAUCCAUGCGUCUUCAUCCCCGCAAGAAGUUCGCAGUAAUCUCUCGGCGCGGUCAAACUUCAGCUCGACAGACGAACUGGAAGGACUGGCGAUCGACAAGCUGACACGGGCAAAGUCGGGAGUAGUGAAGAUGCGAAGCGAGCCUCUCAGGAGGGAGGCAUGGUCCAUCUUCAACCAGAGAGACCCCAGGGUGAAGGCAGAGAGGGGAGAGGGCCACUUCUUCAUCUCCAGACGCCUGAGCCAAGACUGGUGCGACGCCUGCAACCGCCAGAUCAGCAGCACUGCGCUCAAGUGUCAAAACUGCAGCUACACAUGUCAUUUGGAGUGUCAGGGGCUUGUUCAGCUGGACUGCAACCAACUAGAUCAGCCGACGGAGGAUUCGUCUACCCCCGCUCCACAGAGGCCCGGUGCCAAAGACCCUCAGGAGACGAGUGUCACAAAAGAGGAAGAGGAGGAAAAGCCAACAUCCCUCACAGAAGAAGAGAUUAAAGCUAAAAUAGAUGACUACAACUCCAAAGUGACGGAGAAUGGAAUGAAAUUAAGCUCAGAUGGCACAUACACUGGUUUCAUAAAGGUUCACUUGAAGUUGCGCAGGCCCGUGACUGUGUUUUCUGUGGAUGGGAAGUCGCCAGGACCCUGUUCCUCUUCUGAUAGUUCAGAUGAACGCACAUCCUUUUACUUGCCCAGGGAUGCUGUUAAACAGCUACACAUUAGCAGUAGCACCACGGUCAGCGAGGUCAUUCAGGGCCUGCUGAAGAAGUUCAUGGUACAGGAUAACCCUCGCAAGUUUGCCCUCUACCGCCUGACCCGUCGAGACAGCCAGGAUCUUUUCCAGAAGUUGACGUUAUCAGAUUGCCCGCUCUACUUGAGGCUGUUAGCAGGUCCGGAUCUAGACAACUUGUCUUUUGUACUCAAAGAAAAUGAGACUGGCGAGGUGGAGUGGCAUGCAUUUUCAGUCCCCGAGCUGCAGAACUUCCUGAUCAUCCUGGAGAAGGAGGAGAAGGAGCGCAUGCGGCAGGUGGAGCAGCGUUACGCUGCCUACAGGGAGAAGUUGCUACGGGCUCUGGGCCACGUCAAGAGCAAACCGGGCUAAUGUAGGACAACACAUCUCCUUCACCCCACUGAGCCAUCCCUGGGCCAGCCUGGAGGACCAGUAGCCCAACAGACGAACUCUAAACCUCCACUCAGGACUUUGUACAAGCUCUCAGCAUGCUUCUGUGAGCUUUAACCCCAAAGACGGGCAAAGGGAUCGAGACAUGACUAAGACGAAGAGGAGGUUAGAACUAAAGAUUAGUACUUCAAGAGUAAUCCUUCUCUCCAGAAAUGGCACACUGUUGAAAGCCCAGGAAUAGGUUUCUGGCUGUCAUGCUUUUUGAUAUGAAUGGGUUUUGUUUCAUUUUUUCUCAUUGUUUUUACAUUGACCCUGUCCGUUUGUGUUUUUUACAUGCUGCUGCUAUUGCUGCUACUGCAAGUGUUACUUAAAGCAUGACUUUCCCUUUGGUCUCUCUGCUUGUGUCUACCGCAUGUCCUCUAUCAGGGAAUAUCUAUAAGAAAGAACGGAGUAAAAAGAGCAUUUCCUGUCCAAAAAGGAAGUGGGGAGACUUAAGUUAUAGAAAAUAAGAUGCCUGCGAAAUAUCAGAGGGCAAAUAGAAACCUUGUCCACAUAUCAAAAAUUACACAGUUCAUGAACAAUUGUAACAUGCUACUGUAAAAACAAAAAUGAAUUAAAGGGUUUAUACUGGAGAUUGUCUUAAUAUAACUAUAAACAUAAUAAACGUACUGUAUUACUGA